CCACUCACAGCCCUAACACUCUGAGACCAUGAAGGUUGUUUUUGCUCUGCUUCUCUGUGCUCUGUGUUUCCUGGGCCUGUAUGCUCAGUGCCCAGACCCGAGCACUCUGAAAGACCCUGAGGGCAAUAAGAUCUGUGCUCGCAUGUUUGAAGACAGCAACUACUACUACGAACAAAGCUGUGGGGGACAAUACAUCGAUGCCUAUCCCAAUGAUGAUGUCCCUAUCAUUCCAUGGAAGUGGAACAACCGCAUAUCAUCUCUGGUGGUGAACAAGCUAUGCAACCUGCAAGUGUGGUCUCGCAUCAAGAAGAAUGGAAACAAAAAGAAGUUUUCUUCUGGCAUCGUGUACCGCCUUAAAGACGUGCAGCAAGGCCUGUUCGGAGACUGGGACAAUGACAUCUCUGCGUAUUACUGCGUGUGCUAGAUGCAGCUGAAGCAAGCAGAGGAGGAGAGACUAAAAUUCAACCACUGACUGGAAGAAUCAAAUAAUUCUUAAAUAAAUCAACUAACUGUGCAAUCUGUCAAAUUAAAAUGUGCAGACUUAAAUGUUUUUACAUUGAAUAAAGCGUUAAAUCUGUUUCAUCUGCAA